AUGUCUUUUUCUACCAUCUACAACAUCUUUUUCAAGAGAAACGCUGUGUUUGUGGGCACGGUUUUUGCCAGUGCGUUCGUCUUUCAGGCCGCGUUUGACACCGCCGUGACUUCCUGGUACGAGGCGCACAACAAGGGCAAACUGUGGAAAGACGUGAAAUUGACGUUGGGUGAGUCUGGUGACGACGGCGACGAUGAGGACGACGAAUAA